GCCUCUAGAAAACGAUUUCUCAUUUAAACCAUUUUAUUUGGAGUCUUAUUCUGCCUCAAUUUGAUUCCAAAAUCUUUCUCAUAGGCACUACUACCCUGCAUCUCCUGUAAUGGAUGUAGCAGCAGCAACAGGGAUAAGUUCUACCAACGUUCUUGCAUCUUUUGCAACAGCAAGAAUGAUUAACACCACAAAUCUAAUCCAACCAGCAUGCUCUUCAGCGAGACUUGAAGUACUAGCUCUUCAUCCAGCCUGCAGAUCAAUCUGCAGAAGGGUCUCAAGUGGCCAUGGAGGUCCAUUUCCGAGAAUUAGAAGUACCGUCUUUGUUACUCGGUGCUCCACGAAACCAGGGAUUGAUAGCAAUAGUGCAAUAAAUAAAAACACCGCCAUUGAAGUGGAUUCCAAUUCAACAGCCAGACAUCUAGCAUCUUCCCCGGGAAAUCAAGAACUUUUGUCAACAUGUUCUAGAGGUUUGGUGUUCGAUCUGGGUCCUAAAGAGUCUUGGGACGGAAUGGAAAUCGGUUCUCCUGUUGUAAAAAGAUACAUCGGUGAUAAUGAAGAAAGAUGGUACAUGUGGUAUCAUGUAAGGAGUAACGGGAAGGAAUCUGAUUCCAUUGGCUUGGCAGCUUCGAACAACGGUAUCCACUGGAUAAGAGGAGGAGAAAAUGUUAGAUCAUGCGGAGAUAUUGGGAUGGUAAUGACCUGCAGCACGAAUUGGUGGGGCUUUGACACGCUGAGCAUUAGGCCUUCAGAGAUGGUGAUCAUGUCCAGUCCAAUGUACAGUUCUGUUUACUGGCUUUAUUACACAGGAUUUACAUCUGAAGAAGUUGAAAUUUCAGAGCUCCCCAAAUUUUCCUUAGAAAAUCCUGAAAGAUUUUGCUCUGAAGAUAGGAAAGAUGGAAAUUAUGUCAAGGGCAAAAUUUUCAAGUCUCUUCCAGGCCUAGCUUGCAGCCAGGAUGGUCGGCACUGGGCCAGAAUUGAAGGGGAUCAUCAUAGUGGGGCAAUACUGGAUGUAGGAACAGGUAAGGAAUGGGAUUCAUCAUUUAUUGCCGCACCACAUGUUGUGGUACACGAUAGUGAUGAUCUCAGGAUGUAUUAUCAUUCAUUUGAUGUCAAAAAUGGUCAUUUUGCUGUUGGAAUGGCAAGAUCAAGAGAUGGGAUUAGAUGGGUGAAGCUAGGAAAGAUCAUGGGGGGCGGAUCAAUUGGUACUUUCGAUGAAUGUGGUGUCAAGAAUGCAUGUGUCAUAAGAAACCGGAAAGAAGGGAACUAUUUGAUGGCAUAUGAGGGAGUUUCUGCUGAUGGGAAGAGGAGUAUUGGAUUGGCAGAAUCUCCAGAUGGAUUGAAGAAUUGGAAGAAGUUACAAGAACAACCGGUUCUUAAACCUUCAGAGGAUGAUGGAUGGGAUAAUCAGGCAGUAGCUUCCCCAUGUCUUGUUCCUAUGGAGGGUAAUCUAAAUGAAUGGAGAUUGUAUUAUGUUGGUUUCAACCAAGGGGAAAGGACUGGCAUCGGAAUGGCAGUUUCUGAAGGCAGUAAUGUAAGAUCUUUUAGAAGGUGGGAGAAUUCACUUGUAAGAUAGAUGUAUAGUAUUUGUAUUUAUAUAAGUCGACUUUGCUUUGUAUUCAUCCAGUCAAACUGUUUCUCACAGAAAAAUUUUCUAAAAUUUUCUAGUUUUGGCUUCUAAUAGCGUACACGAUGGAGUUCUCUUUAAUCUUUUUUUUUUUUCCCAAGAGGAAUAGAUUGAGCUCAAUUCU